UGUGCGAAGCUUCGAUAGUACAAUCGAAUUCGAAGUUUUUUUAAUAUUCGAUAACACUUCGAAACGAUAUGAAGUAUUCGCAUUAAACGAAGCUUCGUCGUAUCAUUCAAGUUGUGACGUCACGUGCGAUUUAUUUUCUGUUAACUUCGGAAGAUCGACCUAUCGCUCGAACGUGACGUCACUAUCGAUUAAUCUAAAGUGUUGUGUAAGUAAACACAACUAAAUUGCUGCAUUUGUCGACUACCGUGGGUUUUCAUAAUUUUAUCUAACGAAAUUAAAAAUGGAUAAAGGUGCAGACGGUUCAUUACAAGCGAAAGAAGUACCGUCAAAAAGAAAGAAACGUAGUGCAAUAUGGAAUUAUUUCACAGAUGUUGGCGAUUGCUCCGCACAAUGCGAUUGUUGCAAACAGUCGUUCAAAUGUCCGCGUGGCACUACAACAACACUUCAGAACCAUUUGGAGGCAAAACAUGCUGUGUUGUACAAGGAACUAAUGAAAGACAAAGAAAAAAUUCAUGAGCUUGAAGGAACUUGUGCAAAAAAAAAACCAGUGCUGCAGCCUACUUUAACUGAAAUGUUCAGAAGUACGCAGAAGAUGUCACCAUCCGACCCUAAAGCACAGAGCAUAACCAAACAAAUUGCCAAAAUGGUGGCAACAGAACUUUUGCCGUAUGAGUUUGUAGAAGGGUGUGGAUUUAAAGAGUUAAUGGGUCACAAAAAUGUUGCACCUACAUACACAGUACCAUGUAGAACUACAUUUUCUGAACAUUAUAUUCCAGCUCUUUAUGAGGAAACAAAACACUCUCUCAAGAAAAUGCUUGUACAAGAUUUACCAACAAUAUCAUCCAUUGCAUUUACAUCUGAUGGCUGGACUUCUCGCUCAACUGACAGUUACAUUAGCCUUACCUGUCAUUAUCUCCGACCUGACUUCACGUCUGUGUCAUUUGCAAUGAGUAACACUGUUGUAAAUGAAUCCCACACAAGUGUUCAGGUGGCUACUACCAUAAAAAAUGUUCUUAUUGACUGGGAAAUUGAUCCAGCAGUGACAUCUAUCCCAUUAUUCUGCAUCACUGAUAAUGCCCAUAAUUUCAGACAGGCUUCUGUGUCAUUAUUUAAAGAUGGUUCCAGAUCAUGUUUUGCUCACACCCUUCAAAUUGCAAUUGAAAACAGUAAGAAUGAUUGCCCGGGUACAACCACACUUCUUAGUAAGGCCAGGAGUAUAGUUGGUCAUUACCGAAGAAGCACUCGUGCUAGGAAAAGACUUCACACAUUCCAGGAACAGUUGAACAUGCCAAAACUAGAAGUAAUUCAACAUAUUGAUACACGUUGGUGUUCAGAGUACCAAAUGCUCAAGAGACUGCUGGAAAUGAAACCUGCUCUUGUAGCCGACCACGUGAACUCUGGCGAUACAGACAUGCUGACCGCCUUGGAAUGGAAACAUGCUGAAAACUUUGUUCAAGUUUUACAACCACUUGCAGAAGCCACAGAAGAAAUGAGUGGAAACACUUAUCCAACAUUGUCCAUGAUCAUUCCAGUACUUCACUGUCUUCUUUGUAACCUUGAAUCACACAUCACUGCCAAAAAAGAUGGCAUGACACUUGCAAGAGCAUUGCAUAAAAAUCUAAAGUCAAGAUUUCCGAACUACAUGCAAGAACCCCUACAGCGUGCUGCAAUGUUGGUUGAUCCAAGAUUUAAAGGAGUGCUUCUAUCUACUAUUGAAUCGGAAGCCAUUCUUUUGUCAGAGAUAAAAAGUUUAAAAACUGAUUCCAAUCCUGUACAAGAGGCUAAAUCUAGCAUUCCAAACUCUGCACCAACAUCUUCUCUAUGGGCUGUCUUCGAUAGUAUUCCAAUGCAAGAAAAUAAAGAUUAUGAUGAAGGAGAAGAAGAAGUGCGGAGGUACCUAAAAGAACCUCGUAUCAACAGACAUGACAAUCCAUUAAAUUGGUGGAAAAAUGAAGGUACAAAGUACCGAUAUUUAUCCAAAGUAGCUCUGAAGUAUCUGGGGGUUCCUUCCACACAAGUAAAUUCAGAGCGUCUCUUUUCAGCAGCUGGAAAUGUUGUUUCAGCACGAAGAGAAAACUUGCUACCUCAGCAUGUCGAGCAAUUGGUGUUUUUACAUGCCAACUUGAAAUAAAAGCUAACCUGUUGACCGGAUAUAAGAGCCUAGUGUGUAAAUCUUUCAAUGGUGUUUUGUGUGUGUAUAGUAUUAGUCAUUUUUAAAUAUUUGUAGAACAUACUUCGUUUUGUUUGUUCUCCAAUUGAACAUGGGGGUUAAAUAAUUUUUCCCAGUGUUAUAAAAAUUUAUUAAACUUAAAACAAUGAAAACUUUUUGAUGAUUGAAAAGAACAGUGAUUAAUUUAAGAUGUGCAAUUGUGUACAUGUACAUGUUUUUAUGUAGAGAUUUUUCAAAAUGAAUUACAUGCUUCAUGUUUGUAAAUAGAACUUAAAUUAAAGCUGGAAUUUUAUUUAAUGUAGAGCAUUUUUACACUCUGUAUUAAUGGGGGUUGAAAGUUGAUAUUAAAAAUAAAAACUUUUUUUUUUUAUGGUUUUGAAAAGCAACUAUUCGCAUUCGAUUCGAAUUCGCACAAAUAGUUAUUAUUCGCUUCGCAAUUCGCUUCGCAAUGAAAAUUUGACAUUCGCACAUAUCUACUGAGAACUGUAUUAUUUUUAAAAUUAAUCCUUCACAAAAAUACAAACUGGUCGCUCAAAAAAUCUACACUGACUCCAAAACAGAUUUACUGUAUGUUAGUAUAAACUGAAAGUGGAAACAUUACAUACUGUUUAUAAUACAAUCCAGUUGCUGCUUGCAACUUACCGUACAAGAUAAAGGACUACAUCCUCGGAACAAUGAUAAAAUUACUGUAUAAUGGUUAUGAACUGUUACUGAUGAUUGUGAUCAAAAUUUCUAAUUAAAAGUUCCAAAAAACUAAAAAAGUUAAAUACAAAAGAUAGAACUCUAACCACAGCUGUCAAAUUGUCGUUACUACCUCAACUAUUCUAAUAAAAUCUCCAGUAUCAAGGGCAAAAGCUAAAGGUAGCAACAAUAAAAUAUACUUGGAGGUGAGGGUGUUAGUUAAUAUUGUUUUAAUAAUAUAGCUGUGCAUAAAAGCUCACAAAGAAAUUAUAAUUAAAAUUCUUGACAAAACAAAUAAAAAUCCAGGUUAUCAACAAAUGCAAGCAACAGAAACAUUAUUAGGGUCCUGGUUCUUAUUAGUCAACAGUUUACUCAACAUAUAAGUGAGAUCUCAAUGAAGGCCACCUAGCUGAGACAUACAGGAUGCGUCAUGACUGCAUUGCACAUUACACAUAAUGACUAUAAACUAAACAUAAGCUACUGCAUCCACUCUCACACCCCCUCGCAUAACCAUUUGACCACAGCACUGUGACGUGUGUUGCACAACAAAUGCAUAACCUCUCACUUAUAUUACAGAUAAGUCCAAUGAGCUGAUCACUAUCCACAAAAAAGUAAUAAUAAUCAACAAUAGCACUGAUUCAACAAGGAAUGAAUGCAAAAUAUUUUUAAAAAAUUUAUUUUAAAAACAUAUAUAUGCAUAUAAAAAAUAUUAACUGGGUAAUCAAGAAAAUUCUCCACCUAACUGAGCUGCUCACAACUGGGCUUGUAGUACCAUAUAAACUAUCAAAAAAGCCCUUACUAUUCUCUUCCAAUAUGAGUAUAGUAGCCAACCACUAAAAAAAUAUACCAUUGGUUAGGAUCAUCACAUUUAAGUACCUAGCAUUAAACCAAAAUAUUAACUUAUCUAAAAUUAUAACACUAAAAUAUGAGCUUCUGUCACAAAUAACACUCUGGGGAAAAAA